AGGAGAAGUGGAGAACAAUCUGAUCAGUGGCGGAAGAGAAAGAGAAUAAUGGCGCAGAAGGCGUGGAAAAUAAUCCCGCGGCCAUUGUUAGAGACGGUGCUGAACAAUCAUGUCCAGCACCUCCGUGUCUCUCAACCUCUCAUUCUUCACGGUCUAAGAGGCGCUGGCAAAACUACUCUCAUCCUCAACCGUCUUCUCGAUGACUGGAACAAAGGCCCCCAUAUCACCGGCUAUGUCGAUUUUGGUCUCUCCGUCGAAGAUCAUCAUCGUAUCUAUAGCAAUCAAUCCUCUCCAUGGGCCUCUUGGUCCAAUGUGCCGCCUCCCACCCUCCCUUCUCUUCGUUCGCAGCUCGAACGCUGCCUGGAAUCAAUGGUCCAAAGGGGUGUCCGCCUCGGUACCAUUGGCCCUCAGCAAGUCUUCUCUACCCUCAAUAAAUGGCACAGCCUAAACUCCGCCCUCCGCAGCAUUCUCCAAAACCACACUCACAGCUCUACUACCAUCGACGACAAGGUUUCUACAUCGUGGUCCAGGGCGUUAUUCGCACUAUCUGCUCGAUCAAAAGCCAAUGAGAUUGAUGCGGUCCUUGGGUUGGAUGACAAAGGUAAGACUUUGACGCUCGAAGAGACCUCGUACUUCAGAGAAGCUCUGCUGUCGCUUCGACUUGCCAAGGAGGUCCUUCAAAUUCAUCAGAGCUGGAGAGCAAAUGCAGUCUCCCACUUGAACCGUACUGGUGGUUUCUCGAGGUCCCUGGCCAAUUCUUCCACUGAUUGGCCAUAUUUGUUGUUGGAACUUCUCUCCGCCGCUGCUGAGGUUGAUAACUUCCAGCCAAAGCUCGUCAUAAACAAUAUUGAUGUUCUCCGGGAUGCAGUCCUAACUGAUGAUUCGACCUUGUCUGCAUCAAUGUAUCAUGACAGUCUUCUUUGGAGAUUAAUAGCAUUGGGUGUGACUGAAAGGUGUUUGCCAGUCAUACUUUUAACAUCAGAUAGCUACUACUCGUACCGAGCCUCUAUGGAUUUUGGGUAUCCAGACUUAUUCAUCUCCCGUGAGACUUUUGGAUGGACUCCUCAAGAAGCUAAAAUGCAUAUGGUUACUGAUUUCUUCACUGAAUCUGAGUGGCGGCUGAUUGCUGAGAUGCUUGGACCAAAUCCAUGACAUCUCUCUGAAUUUUAUGCGCUCAAACAAAGCAGUUAUAACAAGAAGGUUGUGGAGGAUAGUGACAGGAGUACGUUUGAGGAUAUUCUAGAUGCAUACCUGGCAUAUUUGCAAGUGACUGUGGUGAAUCCUGCCAUGGAAUUAGCAUUGUCUAGUCUGCAAAAAUUUGCUGUUGAUGUGUACAGUGGAAGGAUCUCGAAAGAUCGAUUGCGUUUUGGUGAACCAUGGAGACAUACCCCACGCACAGACAAUCCUGCACUCUGUUUAGAGUGGGCAAAGAUUCAACUAACCGAUUUCAUUCAAGCUCUAGUGAAUGCUGAAUUUGGGGUUAAUUACCUUGCUGAUUGUAGCCUUGAGAUCCUGGAUGAUCCUUCUGCAGUUGCUAUGUUGGAGGUUGGUUUACUCUACGCACAGCGAGAUCCAUCAUUCAUUCGUCCUAUAUCUCGAGGUAUUCAGAGGUGUCUUGUCAGAUGGCUUGUCCAGGAAAGGAUGAAUAUGUCCCUUCAGCAGUUGCGUGAGUACCCAUGGCAGAGAAUAGUACAUGGUCGCAGUUAUCACCAUUUGAUGAAGGAAACUGGAUAUAAGUAGUCUGAGGAUAGCUUGGCAAAGGCGUAAUCUUUUUUUACUGAUGGCAUGUCCCUUGUACCCCAGGAGGUUCACAUGCAACAAGCAUUGGUGGAAUAUGCAAGAAAGGAUUCUCAAGCAAUUCUUGUCGUGUUGUAGCAAGUACUGGCAUUAGUUUCUCAUGUAUGUUUAAAGACCAGUAACUUUGGCAUUCCAUUCAGACCGAAUGACAAAAUGACUAUUCACUUGGUGCAAUAACACAAGUUCAGCCAACUUCGUCAAUUAGUGAAGUAUCUCACUUCCAAAGAUGGAAGAAGAGGUUUCCAAAUACAAUUCUGGCAGACUUAAAAAUGACUUUUGACUAGGUGGAAUAACGUGAGUUCGGUUGUGAACUUCAUCAAUUAAUAAUCUUACUUCCAAAUGAAGAAAAGGUCACUGUUUCUGAUUGUGCUGACUAAAGCCAAACAUGCAAGAACUAGGUUGAUAGGAAGGCACUUUUAAGGACUGUGGGACUGAAUAGUACCUCUUAUCGGUUCAACAGGGAUCAAUGUCUGUACUCGGGAUGAAGUUUGUAAUGAAUGGCAUACAUACUUAAAAUGAUCGAGUAUUUUCACUGCUGUGUAUUUUUGCCUGGUGGUGUAUUUGGCUAGUAUAUUCUUUUAACUUAUUUUUUUCUUCAGUUUGUGAAUCAUGCUUGCUGUGUUUGCUUGAAACCAUAAUUAUCUGCCCAUAUGAAAGUGGUGCCCAUUCAUCCUCU